AUGUUGGUUUAUCAGGAUCUCCUUACUGGCGAUGAACUUCUUUCAGAUUCUUUUCCCUAUAAGGAAAUUGAGAAUGGAAUGUUAUGGGAAGUAGAAGGAAAGUGGGUAGUUCAAGGGGCUGUUGAUGUGAACAUUGGUGCUAAUCCUUCAGCCGAAGGCGGUGAGGAUGAAGGGGUGGAUGACCAAGUGGUUAAGGUGGUUGAUAUCGUAGAUACUUUUAGACUUCAGGAACAACCUCCAUUCGACAAGAAGCAGUUCGUUGCGUACAUCAAGAAAUACAUCAAGUUGUUGACACCUAAAUUKGAACCGAAAAAACAAGAAACUUUCAAGAAACAUAUAGAGGGAGCCACUAAAUUUCUUCUUUCAAAGCUUAAAGACCUUCAAUUCUUCGUAGGGGAAGGCAUGCAUGAUGAUGGCAUGACGGUGUUUGCAUACUACAUGGAUGGUGCCGCCGAUCCAACUUUUCUCUACCUUGCGUAUGGGCUCAAGGAGAUCAAGUGUUGA